AUGUAUUUCCUCGGUGCCCUUACUCUCGCUUCCGCAGCGCUUGCUGCACCGUCCCGUCAGCUUAGGAGGGGCAACUACCCUUCGUUCCCUCCUCCUCCCGAGGGACCUCCUGCGCCUCCCCCUCCUCCCCCGAGCUACCCGCCUUCCACGUCUAUCCUGACGACUCUGCCGCCGCCAAGCACCACGCAGAACACUCACCCGGUUCACCCUCCUACUGGCCCCCCGGCUCCUCCUCCGGAGUACCCUCACCUGCCUCCCACUGGUCCUCAGCCGCCGACGAGCACCACUGAGACUCGUCACCCGCCGCCGCCACCAACUGCUCCCCCGGCGCCGCCGCCGCCAACUGGGCCUGAGUACCCCAACCAGCCGCCUCCUCCUACCGGCCCCCCGCCGCCGAGGACCACGGAGACCCAGCACCCUCCCCCGCCGCCAACUGCUCCCCCGGCGCCCCCGCCGUCGCCUCCCAAGUACCCCAACCAGCCUCCUCCCCCUCCUGCCGGCCCCCCGCCUCCCCCGAAGACCACUGAGACUCAGCACCCUCCCCCGCCGCCUACUGCUCCCCCGGCGCCCCCGCCGCCAACUGGCCCUGAGUACCCCAACCAGCCGCCUCCCCCUACUGGACCCCCGCCCCCGAAGACUACUGAGACUCAGCACCCUCCCCCGCCGCCAACUGCUCCCCCGGCUCCCCCGCCGUCUGGACCCCAGUACCCCAACCAGCCUCCUCCUCCUACUGGCCCCCCGCCCCCGAAGACCACUGAGACUCAGCACCCUCCCCCUCCUCCUACCGCUCCCCCGGCUCCCCCGCCGUCUGGACCCCAGUACCCCAACCAGCCUCCCCCGCCUGUCACCACGACUCAGCGCUCUCCCCCGCCUCCCCCCAGCGGUGGCUACCCCGUCGCCAAAUAA